AUGAACGACAAACCCCAAUACCACCACCCAUCCGGAAACUGCUCAAUAAAUCCGUUCUCCUCCAACUUCUGUCGUAACUGCGCGUUCGAAACUGCAGCUCGAAAAUGUACCAAUGCCGAAUGGUGCUCGGAUCGUCAAUGUCUGGUAUGGGAACAGAAUAUUAAACCGCUUACUGGAAGUGCUAGCCAGGAACUCCGGGACGAUGUUAGUGCUGAUGGGAGCGAGCAUUUAGUUGACUGGGAGUGGGUUGAUGUGGAAAAUGGUCAGAAGCAGGAAAGGGGAACGAGAAAGAGGAAUGUCACUUUGGUACCGCGAAUUGAGGAUGCAAAAGAAACAGGAGGAGGUAAGAAUUCAGCGAAUGUUGGGAUGAAGGGGACGGAACUGCUUGGUGAGAGGAAUAUUGAGUCUGUUAAGGAAAACACUCCAGAUAGUCGGCCUAACGUCAACAGAGGACCACCCAAGAGAACUGACCCACAAAGAAGAAAAUAG